AUGAGCAAAUGUAUAGAGGAAAAUAGUACAUGUAAGCUCAUAACAACAACAACAAUGUCACGAGAAGAAAAAUUUUUCGUUAAUAAUAACUUAAAAUCAAAUUCAAAAUCAAAUUCAAAAUCAAAUUCAAAAUCAAAUUCAAAAUCAAAUUCAAAAUCAAAUUCAAAAUCAAAUUCAAAAUCAAAUUCAAAAUCAAAUUCAAAAUCAAAUUCAAAAUCAAAUUCAAAAUCAAAUUCAAAAUCAAAUUCAAAAUCAAAUUCAAAAUCAAAUUCAAAAUCAAAUUCAAAAUCAAAUUCAAAAUCAAAUUCAAAAUCAAAUUCAAAAUCAAAUUCAAAAUCAAAUUCAAAAUCAAAUUCAAAAUCAAAUUCAAAAUCAAAUUCAAAAUCAAAUUCAAAAUCAAAUUCAAAAUCAAAUUCAAAAUCAAAUUCAAAAUCAAAUUCAAAAUCAAAUUCAAAAUCAAAUUCAAAAUCAAAUUCAAAAUCAAAUUCAAAAUCAAAUUCAAAAUCAAAUUCAAAAUCAAAUUCAAAAUCAAAUUCAAAAUCAAAUUCAAAAUCAAAUUCAAAAUCAAAUUCAAAAUCAAAUUCAAAAUCAAAUUCAAAAUCAAAUUCAAAAUCAAAUUCAAAAUCAAAUUCAAAAUCAAAUUCAAAAUCAAAUUCAAAAUCAAAUUCAAAAUCAAAUUCAAAAUCAAAUUCAAAAUCAAAUUCAAAAUCAAAUUCAAAAUCAAAUUCAAAAUCAAAUUCAAAAUCAAAUUCAAAAUCAAAUUCAAAAUCAAAUUCAAAAUCAAAUUCAAAAUCAAAUUCAAAAUCAAAUUCAAAAUCAAAUUCAAAAUCAAAUUCAAAAUCAAAUUCAAAAUCAAAUUCAAAAUCAAAUUCAAAAUCAAAUUCAAAAUCAAAUUCAAAAUCAAAUUCAAAAUCAAAUUCAAAAUCAAAUUCAAAAUCAAAUUCAAAAUCAAAUUCAAAAUCAAAUUCAAAAUCAAAUUCAAAAUCAAAUUCAAAAUCAAAUUCAAAAUCAAAUUCAAAAUCAAAUUCAAAAUCAAAUUCAAAAUCAAAUUCAAAAUCAAAUUCAAAAUCAAAUUCAAAAUCAAAUUCAAAAUCAAAUUCAAAAUCAAAUUCAAAAUCAAAUUCAAAAUCAAAUUCAAAAUCAAAUUCAAAAUCAAAUUCAAAAUCAAAUUCAAAAUCAAAAUCAAAUUCAAAAUCAAAUUCAAAAUCAAAUUCAAAAUCAAAUUCAAAAUCUAAAUUUACUUUCUCAUAUUUUAUAAAACAACUAGUUCUGAUUUCAACAUAAAUCAUCAAUUCAAUGUUUACAAGAAAACAUAAAAGCAAGAAAAAGUAGAUUCAAUAAUAAAUUGUAGUAAUGUGUCUAUUUAGGCAUGUGACUGAAAAGAAAAACAAGAUGACAAUCGAAAUAUGCUUCAUAUGGCAGAAACAAAGACUUAUUAAAUUAAUUUCUGAUAUGCCAUUUUUAUCUUACUAUGCGAAUAUUGACAUAAAUAAAUAUAUUUUUAGUCUCUUACCAUCAUGUGUCUAUGUCAUCAACUUACGUUAUUCGCUUGAGAGCACAUUUCGCUUAAAGCAAAUGAAACUAAAAAAAAUGUGAGAUUAGAAAUAAAAUACACGAAAAAGAAAUUGACUUUCUCUUCUUCUCUACUGGCAUUGUAUUUGCUUAAUACUCUUCAAUCAUAAUGUUCUGUCAGAAGUAAGAAAAAUAAAGGAUGGGAGAGAAAAUUCCAUAACUCAUUCCAUUAUCUUAUUGUGGCUAAGCAUACAAAUAAUAAAGCAUGUUAGGACGGAUAUGCUACUUGCUUUGUUUACUUCAUUUAAUAAUAAUAAUAAUUUUCAUGUUUACAUUGCCUUUCAUUUUUAUCCUGUUUCAUGUUCUUAUGUUGUAUGCUUAGCUUCGCCAAUGUCCAAUUUCCUUAUUUCUUUGCAUUAUAGUCACGAAAUGUUUGUGUGUGUCUGCAAAUUCUAUUUACUUUCCAUUGAAAGGUCUAUUUUGCUAUGGUUGUGGUAAUUUUUUGGACUUUGCUUAUAAUUUUCUUUUAUUUUUUAAGAAAAUCUGGAACUGAUUGAAUCUUAAUAUUUUGCUGAUUUACAACUGGAUUACCGGAAAUUGUUUUGGAAGUGUAGAUCUCGCUUUAACUGCUGCAUAUAUGAUGCAUAUAUGAUAAUGUAAAACAAGUCAGGUUCGAUGGGAAUCGAACCCACUACCUCAAAAGAGUCGAUCUCUGACCACUCGAUGAGUGCUACCGAGGGACUUAUCUCACUUCGGGUAUCCGUCGUACACAUACAGCAUAUUUCACAUGAUAUUAGUCUCAAAUUAAGUGUGAGCAAUUCUAGAAAUCGGUAGAAGAUAGCAAGUUAUUAAGUUAACUUUCAGUUGCAAUUUAAGCAAAAAUUCAACUAGGAAAAAUCACUGCUACAAAAUAUAACUUGCAGUAAUUCUAAAUUAAAGAAUGACAACCCAAAAAGAUGAACUUUCCAUCGUGUGAAUUAAUUGCAUUAAUUCAUUAAAAUUGACAUCACUUGAAUGAGUAAAAACUUAAUUGAUUUUGCUAUCAAUUUUAAUUAUCUUUUAGCAAAAUUUUGAAUGUUUUUCAAAAAUAAUUUUAAUUUAAUUUUUUAUUCAAAAAUGUUUAUCGCUUUCCUCCUUCCACAUCUCUAAUAUUUUCUCUCUCAUCUUCUAUAUCCUCUUCAAUUAUCGAUGAUAGCAUGUCAUUUUGACAAAAACAAUCAUCUCCUCUUCAUACACAACAAUAUUAUGCUCUUCAUUCAAUAAAUUUUUUGUAGGUUUAGUAGGCGGUUUAAUUUCAUUCCCAUGGCUAAAUGAUAUAGAUUAUCAUUCUUUUGUUUUAUGCAAUAAUUCGAUAUCGUUUAUACUCACAUCGUUGAGAAAAAAAUGUGAAUUUAUAUUGAACAUCUCAUGUAAUUUAUUUAUAUCUUUCUAAGUAGAUAAUGCAGUAUAUGUGAUAGAAAUUCUCGUUAUUUUAUUAUUAUUCUUUAGUAUGUUGUGUAUAAAUUGAUAUGUCCUAGAUAAUCCUCAAUUUCUUCCUCAUAGUAUAGACUUGUUUUUUAUAAUUAUCAUCAUAUAAUAGUGAUAUGUAUACGACUUUAGUGUGUAUUGUUUUUGGCCCGAGGUUUUUUAGAAGCUGAUUACUGCUCUGUGGUGUCAUGCUGUCACACGAUAUGUAGAUCGUCAUUUUGUGGUUGUAAUUUAUCCGCUAUUGAGAUUGUUUUGUCAGAUUUGGAGGCUGCUUGUUCGUUUAAUUAAAUACAUGACACUGAGGUCAAUAGUUUAUGGUUAAGGAUGAGGAAACCUUCGUUAAGAAGUCUAUAUAUAUAUCUUUCCUAAUUUAUAAAGAUUCUGAAUUAUUUUUAUUUGAACAUAAGCUUUAAAGUACCUGCAGCUAGAUAUUGCCUACAUUUUAAACUUAUAUCCCUUAAUUGAAGCACUAUCCAUAAAUCUGACAAAAUAUCCCCAACAACUUCCGUAUUGUAGCUUGUUGUGGUCAUGAACACCAGAAAGCAUACAGCACACCGCAUUUUUCAAAACAAAUUGAACAAGUAUAGGCUUUGGACAGAUGCCAAACAAGCGUUUUAUUUUUUUAUCCAUAUUUAUUCCAAUUUUUUUUUCUACUUCAUCCUUAACACUUUUUUGUAAUUUUUAUUUUUUGAAUUUUAAUUUUUUUUUUUAAUUUUUUGAUAUAAAAACACUCAACUUUUACUUGUCACGAUAGUAGUAAUAAUAGUUACACGAAUACAUUUUUUGUGAUUUUCUUCUUUUUUUGUUUCUUGUGUUCAUACAGAUACAGGCACUAAUCUAAUAUAUACUUUUUAUUUAUCUCAUGCAUUACAAAAAUGUGAUGAUUAUUAGUUUAUUAAAAGUUGUUAAAUCUUGUUUUGGAAGAACUUAAAAAGGAUCAAAAAAUAAUUUUUUAUGAUUUUAUUUUUCCUUUUACAUUUCAAUUAAAAUAUAAAUAAACAUUAAUAUGUAGCAUUCAAGAGCGCCAGGCUCGUGCAUUAUCAUCAUCAUGAUUAUUUUCUUUCAUUGCUUUAUUUCACUUAUUUUUAAAAUCUACGAUAAACACAUCAAAAUAGCGUUAAAUAAUAGGACAGAAUAUAUAUUUUACAGGAUAGGAGAAAAUUAAAUGGAGUGGGGAGAGGUGAUGGGUGUCUAUCGAUGUUUUGAUACUACAAAUCAGAUUUUUGAAAAUAACAAUGUUUUGCUAUAUAAACUUAAUAUUCAAAAAUUGAUGUAUGUUCUGCAGUGACCUAUAACUUUGAUAUACACAGCUGUCUAUUGAGAUUUAUCUUGCUUAAAAGCUGUAGAUUACAGACUAGAUUUUUUUUUAUUUCAAUUGUUUUAUUAUGUUUAACUUGUUUCAAGAGUUCAGAAAUGAUCAAAAUAAUUUAAAAUAAUCAGAAAUGCCAGUUGAUCAGAUUCAGAUUCGCAAUUUUUCAUCUGGAUUUAAAAAUUAUUAUUUUAAAAAAACCAGAGCUCGAAGUCGACUCAAGAAAGAACUUCAAAAAUUUAAAAAAUAAAAACAAGUUUAUUUUCAAAAUUUAAAGCAACGAUAAACACCAAAAACAUACUUCCAACUCCAAGAUAGAACAGAAAGUAGUCAUGAAUUUUACUUCAUUGUUUCCUUAAAAAUCGCUAUUAUAUUUAAUAUAUAUGCGUCUCCAAAAUUCCUAUAAAAAGGGACCUUUUAUAUAAAUACUUAACAUCCACAUUGAAUUUAUUUUUCAUCAUAUACUUAUUUUUAUAUUUAUUAGGGAUGCCUCCAAUUUCUUUCAUUUAUUUUCAUAGAAAAAUAUCAAUUUUAAAUUUCAUUUAAUUUUCUUCUUCAUCUUCUUAAAUUCUUUAUUAAGCGUGCAUUUUUAUAAUUUUUUCAUACAAUUUUCAUUUCAUUUCAUUUUUUUUGGUAUGUAUAUAAAUGCCUAAGGGUAAUUUUUUUCUCAUUUAACAUGAUAUGUAUUUUUAGAGAUAUGUGUAUGUCCAUCGAUCAGUAAAAAAAUCAAAUUUUUUUUAUCCUUAAUUGUUUUUAACUUUUUCUCUUCAUUUCUCAAUUCUUAAUUUUUUUUAUUGUUUAUCGCAUUAAAUAUUUUUUUAAAUAUUACCUAAAAAAGCAUGUCAUAAGAAUUCAUUAGUUUUUUUUUUACUUGUCAUCUAAUACAUAGAGGUAUUUUUAGUUUAUUUUUUAUUCUUUUUUUUCUUACUUUUUUUUUUGUUGCGUUGGCUUUUUCUAUUCGAAAAAACAUAUCGUGUUUGUGUAUUUUUGUGAACUGUAGAUCUACAUUGUGGUAUAAAAUGCAAAUUUAAAUAAUAGAAAAACUUUUAUUUUAUUUUUGCUGGAUGUGCAAUAUUUUUUCUUCUUCAUCAUAUAGAAUUUUCAUUUUUUAUUUUGGUUUAGUUCUCUAGAAAAGUUUUUCAUUUCAUUUAUUCAUAUACUUUUGGUAUCAAAAAAGUUUCACUAAAAAAUUCUAUCAGUUGUUCAUUUUAAUAUUCAAGAAAAAUUUAGAUUUGUUGAGUUUAUUUGUUGGAUUUGAUUGACAGAAUUUGAUGGUUGAUUUUUGAGAUGAAAGUUGUUGCAAGUUGCUAAAUAGCAAAUUUCCAAAAUAUACAAGCUUCAAAAUAGCGUUUGUUUUCUUCUAUUCAUCUCUGCUUCAUUCUCAAAAAUCCACCACAAUGUCCUCAAUUUAAUCACCAAUAACAAGAGAAAAAUCAUCAAUUUCAUAAGUGAAUUCGAAAGUUUUUUUUUUGUAAGUUUUUCCAUUUUAAAAAGAUUAGUGAAAAAGGCCAUUGUGUAAAUUUCAAAAAGUUUCACAUUUUCUUAAGAAAAAAAAAUUCAUUAUUCUUUCUCAUUUUUGUCAAAAUACGCAUGAAAAAAUCUUUUAUUGAUCAAAACAAUUUUGCAACAAGUUUUAUUUAUUUCAUUUAUUAUUAAAAUUGAAUAAGAAAAAAUUUUCAAAUUUAUUUUUCAUCCUUAAUCAUGAAGGAUAUAAAAUUGAUUGUGAUUUUAUUGAAAAAUCGUUUAUCGUCUGAACAAGAUUCAAAAAAAGGCUUUGCAUUUCGUCUGAGUAGAUGUAGAUGUUGAUGGAUGAAUGGAUAUUUUAAAGGUUAAAUAGAUCAAAGAUGUAAGAAUGUUAAAAACCUUUUGAUUUAUAAUAAAGAUUUUCAAUAGCUUGAAAUGGAAUUUUUGGUAAUUCUUUCUUUAAAUUCUAUUGAACAAAAGAUUAUACUUUAGAUUGCUAAAUUGUCCAAUAUUUAACCAUAUAAUUGUGUAUGACUUUUAAGCUACUUGGCGCAGAACCGUGAUGAAAGAAUGUCAGCUUAAUUUGCGGACAAUCUUUUGUUCUAACCCAAGCUUCACAUAAGAACAUGGUUACAUUAAGUAAGAGGGUUGUGAACGAUUAAAAUCACUUUAAGAGAAUCAAAGGAUCGACUGAAAUGGAGCUGAUUACCGAUCAAUUAACAUUUAAUCAAGAAAAGCCUUAACUGGAGCCUAUCUUUUUGAGUGAUAAAGUUCAUUGGUCGCAAAUAAUUAAAAAAUUAAGUUUUAUGUCAACGUGAACUUCAUCAACCUAAAACUGGCCAAAAACUAUCGCAAAUCGCUCUCUUCUAAGAUUAUCCACAAAAUUAUUUCAUUAGAAAUUCAAAAUGAUAAUUCUUGAUAUUUCACUGUUUAUGGCUGUCUAUGUCAUAAUAAAUGUGGUGUCAGACAUUGUAAAAAUUAAAAUCAAUCAACCAAAAUAACCAGUAGCCAAAAAGUUUUGCAUAUUAUAUCCAAAUCAUUAGCUUUAGAAUGAUAAAAUGUUAUUUUUUGUGCUGCGGCACGAGAGACCAAAUGAUGUCAUUAAAUUUUUAGAAUUUGAAAUUUUUAUGGAAUUCGAACAUUUUGGAAUAUUUAAAUGCAAACAUUUUAUGUAAGGCUGAACCGAAAUUCUCUUUAAAAUAUCAAUCUAUUCAUGGUUUAAUGGAAUUCUUUAGAAAUUGUUUACGUAGGUUUAUUCGAUUCUAUUGAAUAGAGUAAAGUCAGUAGAUCUGUUAUUCAACUGAAAACUUUUGGAUAUCCGUCUCGACAGUGUAAUUGAUUUUACUUCUCAAGUGCAUUCAGCUAAAUAAAUUUUGUAAGUUUUCGAAUCUUUUCUUAAAGUUAAAUUUGUUGCUUUCUGUCUGGAUUUAUAUCAAGCUCCUUAAAUAUUCCAUUUGAUUAAAUCGGAAUAGAAGUUCGAUAGACUUGAAUGAGAACCUUUGUAAUGGAAUUGAUUCUUAAGUAAAAUGUCCUUAAACCUGCCAUUUCUGAAAGGGUUUAUUUCCAUUGUAUUCCAAAGUAUUCCUUACGCAUUUGAACUUAUUUUAGUUUAUUGAAGCUUUUAGGUGCCAUUAAAGUCCGUCCUAUAUUAUUUUUGUUUUGAGUAACAAGUUUGGUGAUUUAACAUCAAUUCUACUCUUCAAAAAGUCCAAAGCCAUUUAUACACAAAGAUCCAAAUUUAGAAACUUAGUUUCUACGAAAAUCUUUGUCACAAUUUUUUUUUUGUUUAAAAUUUAUCUCAUUCCAAUUUGAAUUUUUCUCAUAAAUGUUCAUUUACUGCAAGUAUUCGUUAAACUGGUUCUAUUUUGUCUCGAGUGAGUGCAAGGAUUUAAAAAAUAAUGGUAAAUAAAUUUUAAUAAAAUUGCAUCGCAUCGGAAAAUUUUAUUCUUUAAUUAAUUGAUUUGUAUUAUCUAACGAAUGUAUAAUAUGUAGGAUGUGGAUCAGAAUCCUCUUAUGUUUUAAUUAUCGUAUGUAAAUCGGGAAAGAGGAAAAUUUUAAAAACAAACUUUCUGAAUGAUUCUGGAUAAUCUACAAUCAAUGAAUGUAUUUUGUAACAUUGUUAUUCCAUUUCCUCAAUAAAUACGAAUAAUUAAUUAAAUUUAAAUUGAUUCACAAUUCGACGUGAUAAAAUUAUGUGCAAAAUUAUCGCCGAAAUGGACUUUUAUUCUCCGCUAUUUUAGGUCUUUAUGGAAAUACUUGUCAAAUUAAUGAAUUUGAAUUGUUCACAAAUUUUCAUAUUCUUUUGGAUUUUGAAGCAUUUUUUUGUACAAUUUUUAUGUCAAAAAAAAUUAAAAGAAUUUUUUUCUCUAGCAACAUAAAAAUUUGUGAACCAAAAGAGUUAAAAUAAAAGUGAAGUGCUUUUUCUGUGUAUCCACAACAAUAUGCAUCUCUAAAUACUUUUUAAUGCUCUUUGAAUUUUUUCUAUUCAUCAACAAGUGUUCACUUAACAUUUUUUUUAUAUAUUCUGCUACUGCUGCUUUUGCUUAAACAAUUUUUUUUUUAUUUUUAGUUUGUUUAUCCAUUUUCCACAAAAUAAAGCAAACGAUGUGUUUUGUUCGCCUUUCUCUCUGUCCUUCCUAUUAAGUAGUAACACAAAAAAACAAAGUUUCUUUUAUUCAUUCAACUAUUCUCGUUCUCUCAAUUUCAUUAUGGUUAGGUCAAGAGUUUUUCUUUAUCAUGUUGACAUAAAGCUCUCUCUUGAGUUCAGAGUUGUUAAAGGUUUUAAUUAGUGGAAACAAAUUUAUUCUUUCGUUUAAAUUGUUAUUAACCUAAAUUGUGUAUCUUUUUGGAUUUUAUUCAUUUUAUUAUCAAAUUUUUUUGAAAAUUCUGAAUUUUAUAAAUGGUAAGUUUCAAGAUAGUUUGUUAAUUGUGGAACUGAUCCUUAUUUGAUGUACGAAUUCUAUUAAUCACUUUGUCUAGUAAUCCAAUUCAAAUAAUCAAACAGUCUUAAAACCGAAACAACUCUGAAUGCCAUCAUAAAAAAUCCAAUUGAAUGAAUUUUUUAUUCAGCGAAUGUGCCAAGAACGAUUCAUAAAAGAGAGCAUAAAAGAAACUUAUAUUCUUUUGAAACACCAUAAUGGACGGACAGAGAUGAUGAUCCUCAUUCAUUCUACAUUUAUUUUUAUUUUUGUGUUAAUUCACUAAAAAUCUACAAUGCUCUAUAGUGCCUGCAAUUUGUUUUCGCUAAAUUUUAUUUUAACAUUUUGUUUUUAUUAUUUUGUUGCUGCAUAAAUUCUUUCAUUCAUUCAUUUCACUUAUUAUUUUUUUUUCAACUAUUUGAUAUGUAUUCUGUAAUUAUUUUCAUUUUCCUUCUCUACAAACUCCUUUCUCAUCAUAAUUCAUUGUGUGUGAUUUAUUUAAAGCUUCACCGAUAUGUCUUCAUUUUAUUUUUCACAUGGGUUUUGAUUAAUAACUUUUCUAUAUUUUUUUGCCUAAAUAAUAAAUUUAGAUUAUCUAUUAAGUUGUGGUUAUGGGAGAAUUUUAUGAUUUUUGAUGAGAGUUUAAUGGCAUGAUUAAAUGUUUCCAACUAAGGUGGUCCAUAAGAUAGCUUUUAUUGAUCAAUAUUGAAGAUAUUAAAUUUGAUUUCAAAACUGUUUAUAUGUUAACUUAUGAGAUGGAAUGAGGAAAAAGGUUAUUUUUAGAUUUUUAUUAAAACUUUAAUUUGCUUAGGUCAACUUUCAUGGCAAUAAAAUCAUAAGAUCUGACUCAAUCUGAAUAGAUGAUUUCAUCAAAAUUAAAUUUUAACGACAGUUAUAAUGAAUUAAUCUGGGUAAGCACAUAAAACAUUUUGUUUUCCCAGAAUAAAUCCUUAAAUACAUUUAUGAACCACCAAUAUCUCUGCUAACCAGCAAAACCAACUUCUAUCAACAUGACAAAUUUCUCCCACAACCACACAUUAUCAUAUAAUCUAUAAUUUGUUUUAUUAAUUAAUUACUUAUAGAACUUAUGAAAAAUGUAUAAUUUUCCCUUAAAUGCGUAUUUAUUCAUCCUUACUUCUGUGUAUGUGUCAAAAACAUUGUUUUCUCCACUCUUUAUUUUAUUAUUAGUAUAUUUAAUAAUAAUUUAUUAUUCUUUAUUUUAUUAUAUUGUUUUUUUAGCAUUCAAUGUUAUAAUAUCUAUAGAUCCAGUCUAAAAUGCAAUAUUAUAAGCGUUGUUUAUUUUGUUUGUCUGUUUAUACGAGAUAAACAUUGUCAUCAUCAGCAUCAUCAUCAUUCAUUCAUUCGACUUAUAAAACUCGAUUCAGUGAUAUCAGUAGAAAUGCUGUUAUCAUUAAAAGUACUCGACUAACAUCAAGUAUCAGACCACUUGAUGCACGACCCUCUGAACGUCCACCAUCUCGAUCACACGGCACUGAUGUCGGCACUACUUUGAAUUAUAAGAGAAAAAAGAAGAAUAUUUUUAUUUAUUUAACAUUUUGUUGACUUUUAAUUCUUUUGUACAUAAAAAUUGGAAGAGAUU